GUGGCUGGGGAGGGCGGGAGGGCCCGGCCUGAUUUCCCUUGCUGCUCCCCUUGUGGCCUGACGCUGACAGAGGCAAAAAUCUGCUAACUCAGGGGGCAGACUCAACCAAGACUGCAAACAGGCCUGGGGAAUGACCCCCCGAUCUGCAACCGGCGCCUUCCGCGGCUGCACGGCUUUCUCCAGCUGUCUCUGCCCCUGUUCCUGGCCCUGGCUCCAUCCCUCUCUCAUCUCACCCUUCCCUGUGCCACAUGGGCCCUCUGUCUCCUGCCAGGACGCUGCGGCUCUGGGGACCUCGGAGCCUAGGGGUGGCUCUGGGAGUCUUCAUGACCAUUGGCUUUGCACUCCAGCUCUUGGGAGGGCCCUUCCAGAGGAGGCUACCAGGGCCACAGCUCCGACAGCCCUUGGCCCCAUCUCUACGACCAGCCCUUCUGUCCUGCCCACCCCGGCAGCGACUGGUGUUCCUGAAGACGCAUAAAUCUGGGAGCAGCUCUGUGCUGAGCCUGCUUCACCGCUACGGGGACCGGCACGGGCUGCGCUUCGCCCUCCCUGCCCGCUACCAGUUUGGCUACCCAAGGCUCUUCCAGGCCUCAAGGGUAAAAGGCUACCGCCCCCAGACUGGAGGCACCCAGCUCCCCUUCCACAUCCUCUGUCACCACAUGAGGUUCAACCUGAAAGAGGUACUUCAAGUCAUGCCUUCUGACAGCUUCUUUUUUUCCAUUGUCCGAGACCCAGCGGCUCUGGCUCGCUCUGCCUUCUCUUAUUAUAAAUCCACCUCAUCAGCCUUCCGCAAGUCACCAUCCUUGGCUGCCUUCCUGGCCAAUCCUCGAGCCUUCUACAGGCCUGGGGCCCGUGGGGACCACUACGCUCGCAACUUACUAUGGUUUGACUUUGGCCUGCCCUUUCCCCCAGAGAAGAGGGCCAAGAGAGGGAAUCUUCAUCCCCCCAGAGACCCCGACCCCCGACAGCUUCAGGUCUUGCCUUCUGGUGCUGGCCCUCGAGCCCAAACCCUCAAUCCCAAUGCCCUCAUCCAUCCUGUUUCCACUGUUGCUGAUCAUCGCAGCCAGAUAUCAAGCCCUGCCUCUUUCGAUUUGGGGUCUUCAUCCUUCAUCCAGUGGGGUCUGGCCUGGCUGGACUCUGUCUUUGACCUGGUCAUGGUGGCUGAGUACUUCGAUGAGUCAUUGGUUCUGCUGGCAGAUGCCCUGUGCUGGGGUCUAGAUGACGUGGUAGGCUUCAUGCACAAUGCCCAGGCUGGACGUAAGCAAGACCUCAGCACUUUCAGCAACACUGGACUGACUGCAGAGGACCAACAGCUGACUGCACGGGCCCGAGCCUGGAACAACCUGGACUGGGCUCUCUACGUCCACUUCAACCGCAGUCUCUGGGCACGGAUAGAGAAAUACGGCCAGCGCCGGCUGCAGACAGCUGUAGCCGAGCUCCGGGCUCGCCGAGAGGCCCUAGCCAAACAUUGUCUGGCAGGGGGUGAGGCUUCUGACCCCAAAUACAUCACUGAUCACCGGUUCCGCCCCUUCCAGUUUGGGUCAGCUAAGGUUUUGGGCUAUAUACUUCGGAGUGGAUUGAGCCCUCAGGACCAAGAGGAGUGUGAGCGCUUGGCUACCCCUGAGCUCCAGUAUAAGGACAAGCUGGAUGCCAAGCAGUUCCCCCCUACCGUCUCACUGCCUCUCAAGACUUCAAGGCCACUCUCCCCAUAGACAUCAGACUACAGAUUUAGGUGGAAGAGCAGCCACGUUUGAAGGGCACAUGUGAUGAGUGGGGAGCAGCAAGAUGCCACUUCUGCAUCUCCCAGAGGGAUGAGUCUUUGUCCUGAUGCAAGCGUCCUCUUUGCUGGGCUCCCAACAGUGCUUUCCUCCUUCACCCUCUACUCAUUUUGUUCUUUCUUCCCCAUUUUUCUUUUUUUUUUUAAUUUUUUUUUGAGAUAGAGUCUCGCUCUGUC